CUUACCUCACUGAGCCUGUGCCCCACCCGUUCUACAGGUGCAGAGCUGGAGUAGCGUUCAUCGCGAGAGUUGACUGACUUGAUACGGUCAAAAAGUGGAGUUUUGAUUUGGAAAACAAAAACAAAUGGGACCGACGUCACUCAAGCAACUUAUGAAGCAAUGAGCCAGCCACCCAGAAACGAACGUACGCAGAGAGAGAGAAAUGGAGGAGACUACAGUGAGAAGAGAGAGAGAGAGCCCCGCAGCCGACGGGACAGUCCUAAUGACCGACGAUCAGGUAGUGACAGGUCAUCCGGCCAGCCUCCAUACUACCCGAGAGAUUCUCAGAGAAAAGCGAGGAGUGCUCCUCAGGAGGAACACAGGGAGUCCAAAUGCUCUAACGUCUGUUCCAGGAGAGGUAUUGUCUUGAUAUGCGCUGUCUUGACCAAUGCAUUGGUGCUUAUCUGCGUGGUAUCUGCUCACAUGGCUCAGUUGGGCAUGUCUGCGAUGGGCAUGGGCGGAACAAGCUUUGCUGAUACCAUGAUUUCCUUUGAGGGAACGGAGCUUCAGCAGGUGCGUGAUCUUGACAUGCAGUAUGGACAGAUGAGAGCACCUGGAGUCUAUGGAGGCGUGGCCUUCUGUCUCACUUUUUGUGCACUUUCACUCCUGUUUGUAGUGUCCAGCAGUAAACCCGCCUACCUGCUUCCAAGCAAGCUCCUGAUUGGGCAGAUUGUGUUCCAAAUAAUUGGCGCAGUGGCUUACGUGAUUGCAGUGGGUUUGUACCUGCAUUUGGUGAUCUCCGUGAACUCAACCGACUUAUGCAUUCGACGGGAACGACUUUAUGCACGCAACGGAUAUACCUGGAUGAAUUGUAGUGUAAGUGGGGGGGAUGCAGCUGUUGCAAUGUUUGGAAUCAUAACCACAAUUUUGUAUGCUGUUGGGGCCUUUCUUACUGGCCAAACACUUCAAGAUGUCCGUCGCUACUAUAAGGAGCGUGACCGCUAUGAAACCAAAAGAAGAGAACAACCCAAACAUGCUCUUCCUGAUACUUAUGUCUGAGGUUUACAGUGAAAAUAUAGACUUGAGACUGGAUGUACAUAAACUGUUCUUCCUUUUUUUUUUUUUACCCUUUUUUAAAAUGUUUUGACUGAGAAACAUUUUUUUAUAAUUUAUUUAUGCAUAUUUAUGCACUCAAAAUAGAUUUACUGUUAAUAUAUACACUCACUGAGCAUAUUAUUAGGAACAUUAUGGUGUUAAUAAAGUGCCUGACAUGGUCUUCUGCUGUUGUAACCCAUCUGCCUCAAGGUUCGACAUGUUGUGCAUUCUGAGAUGCUAUUCUGCUCUGUGGUUAUCUGAGUUACCGUAGCCUUUGUCAGCUAGAACCAGUCUGGCUAUUCUCCAUUGACCUCUCUCAAAAACAAGGCGUUGAUGUCUACAGAACUGCCACUCACUGGAUGUUUUGUUUUAGGCACCAUUCUGAAUAAACACUAGAGACUGUUGUGUGUGAAAAUCCCAGUGGAUCAGCAGUUACAGAAAUACUCAAACCAGCCUGUCUGGCACCAAAACUCAUGGUCGAAAUCACCAAAUCAAAUAUUUUCCACAUUCUGAUGGUUGAUCAUUAACUGAAGCUUCUGACCUGUACCUGUUGAUUUUAUGCAUUGCUGCCAAACAAUUGGCUGAUCAGAUAAUCGCAUUAAUGUAAAUGUGUUCAUAAUAAAGUGAUUUUUCAAUAAAUAGGCCAUAUAAAACCUGCAUAUGUGAUAAGCUGUGGAAU